UGUAGGGCAGUGUUGUCUAGCAAGGUACCUGUGCAUGCCCAUGAGUAUCCCAACCACUGCCCUCUGCCCAGCACAUCUAGCACCACUCACCCACUGAGGGCAGCACCUGGCCCUGGUGCUGCUGCAGGUGAGGAGACACCCUGGGACAUCCCCCCCUUCACUAAGACCACCCUGGGGAUGGUGCAUGUCCAGCUCAGCCUACAAUUCCUGCUGUCAGCUCUGCUCCCACUCUCAUGUGCUGCCCAUCCCUCCCAUUUACCCACCCACAAAUCCCAUGCAAUGCCCAGUACCUUGAGUGCCCACAGGUAUUUACCUGGGCCUGGUGCCCACACCAAGGGCCCCAGGGAGCUCAGCUGAGCGACCUGGGACUGAGUGAAAAGGAGAAACCCGGUCUAGUGUGUGCACGUCACAGGAAGCAGCAACCGCAGCUGCAGCACCUCAGAGCCCUCACGGCAGCACCGCUGGGAGCAGCCCCAGCGCUGGGACCUGACACCCAGCCCUGGAGUGGGCUGAGGGUGGACCAGAGGGUCUGGCAAGGGCAGCAAUUGCCACCCACUGUGCCAGAGGGUCCCCGUGCACCCUGGUGUCCCGAGGCUCCACCAUGCAGGGAGGGCUGAGCUGGCCGAUGGCUGCUCGGGCCUGACAGCACCCAAAUAAUGGUAACAGCAGUGGAAGGCAGACAGAGCAGCCCAGGGGCUGAACCCCAGGGAUGGGGAAUCUGCCUGGCCGGGAGAAGCCGCUCAGCAUCCCAUCAGCAUCUGCUGACACCACACAGCCCCCGCUGCCGGCCCAGGCAGGUAAGUGCUGGGCCAACCCCCACCUCGUGCCGGGUCCUCCCGCCCCAGCUGGGGCUGGCACUGCGGGGGAAACUCUGAGCCCUCUCACCUUCCCUGCAGCCCCCAGCAGUUUCCAGGCCCUGGCCCUCUGUGACUUCCCCUCCGGCGCGGGGGUGGCCGCUGUGCUGAGGAUGGGGGAGCAGCUCCGCAUCCUCUCCGAGGACGGCGAGUGGUGGCUGGUGGUGUCCGAGGUGUCUGGCAAGGAAUGCCACGUCCCCAGCAGCUGUGUGGCCAAGAUCAGGCACGGGUGGCUGUACGAGGGCGUCAGUCGGCAGAAGGCGGAGGAACUGCUGCUCCGUCCAGGCAACCACAGCGGGUCCUUCCUGAUACGGGAGAGCCAGACCAGGCGAGGCUGCUACUCGCUGUCGCUGCGCCGCGGGGAACGCGCUGCCUGGGCCUCGGUGACUCACUACCGCAUCCACCGGCUGGAGAACGGCUGGAUCUACAUCUCCCCCGGGCUCACCUUCCCCAGCCUGCACAGCCUGGUGGACCACUACUCUGAGUUCAGCGCGGGGCUGUGCUGCCCCCUCAGCCAGCCCUGCUCCACAGACGGCAUGAGGGCGGCCCCGGCUCCAACACCGCCUCUCGUCAAGAAACCGUCGCUGCACUGGGACAAGAUCGACAGCUCCCUCCUGCUCUCGGAGAACGCAUCCCCUCCGGAGGACUCCCCCUUCAGCCUGGGCCUGCGGGAAGCCAUCAGCUCCUACCUGCUCCUCUCGGAGACCGACAACCCUGAGCCAGACCCCGCAGGGAAAGGGGCAAAGAACAGCUGAGGACAGGCCCCAGCUGGCCACAGCCUGUGCUGGACACCCAUCCCCCAGAUCAGCCUUCACCUGCUUUCAGCCACAAUCCCCAGCUCCUCGGUGCUGGGGAAACUGGGCCCGGGACAGCCCACACCAAGGUGGGGCCAGGCACCAGUGCAGGAGGAAGGGGCUGCCCGAGGGCCCGUCCUCCCCCGAGCUGGACACUCUGGGAUGGGAUGUUUGAGCACCCGGAGCCCCUGGGAGGAGGAGGAGGCGGCAGAGGCUGCACAGAGAAGGAGCCCUGCCUGCCCCACAGGCUGCAACAGGACGCUCCUGGCAUCUGCGCUGCCACAGCAGCAGAGAGAGGAUGUAAACGCCCAACAGGCUAAAUCCUGGCCCACGUGGAAAAACAGCCCAACCCCGUCAGACCCCCCAAGUUCAUGCUCAAACAUUUUUGGGUGUGGGUGCCUGGGCAGGAAGGGCCUGUGAGCAGCAGCCACAGACCCUCAUCCUCUCACCCCCCCCAACUCACUGAUCUGCUUGCUGGGACCAGAAGCCGGGGGGAAACAAGCCUCUGACUUGUGCUCAAAGCAGAUGAUUUUUAAACCUUUUAACAGAUGGAUUGUAAGUUCCAUAAAACAGGAUCCUGCUGGAAAUGCAGCAAUAAUCAUCUGUAGUGUCUCAAUUAAAAGGCAUCUCCUUCACA